GCUGUCCCUCAUGUCUACUUUCCUGAGGCCUGCAAGCUCACUCUUACUAUCACGAAGAUGUUAUGAUCUUCACUUUCACAAAUGCCACGUAGCUCCAAAAAGAACGCGCAUGCUUUUAAACGGACUGACGGGUCUGGGCUUGGUAUCAAUUGUUUUUACUGCUCUUUAUGCACGCGAAAAUAUACGCAAACGAAAAGAACGCGAAGAAAUUGAGGGACCGCCGUAUUAUCGAAAGUUUCCACGGGAUAUAAGACUUCCUUGGGGUGACGGCAAAACACCGUUUUUUGAGUCCAUGUUGAAAUAUUGGGGAAUUGAGCCCUUAGAACACCACAAGGACAAGAAGGAUUAAAUCAUUGGUUGCGGUGCUAAUCCGAAUUUACCUACUGUUAGUUUAUCCAGGUUACCAAAUACAAUACUUGUCUGUUUUCUCCUUCUCAA